UCGUCAGCAGUCAGUCGUCUACGUAAACGCGUCGCGACGCCCCACGCCGCCGCCCCCCCCUCCCCUCGCGUUCAAAGGCUGCCAUGGCAGUCGCAGCAGUGCCGCCCCACAUGUAAUGUAUUCGUUGCAACACGGUGUGAACCUUUCCAGACGGGCUUGUAGGCACCUGCACCCCCUCCUCGUUUAUUGCGCGUUAGUGCUGGUGGUGGCGGUGGGGACCCACGUGGUACCGCCCGAUCAUGCCUCGGACUCCUCGCAGGUGCUCAAACCGCCCCCGGACACCAGGGGCGCCUACGAGCGCGCCUACGACAUCAACAGUUUGGCCAGGGGUAACUUGAUCCCUACACCACCACUACCACCACCACCACGGCCUACUGUUAAUCGGGUGAAUGAGGUGCCUACGGUGGAACCGACGCGGUUCCCGGAGGUGCUCGGAGGUGCCGGUGAGGUGCAGAAGGAGGAGAAGAAGGUGGAGAGGUACCCGGUGAUCUCGGUGUCGUUUCAUCGCGUAGAGACGCCGUUCAUCAUCGGGUUGUGGAUCUUCUGUGCCAGUUUGGCGAAGAUCGGGUUCCACAUGGCUCCGAAGCUGAGCGCGAUGUUUCCCGAGUCCUGUCUCCUGAUCUUCGUGGGCGUGGCCAUAGGCGUGGUCCUGGUGCACAUCACUGACUCUGUGCACAUGUCUCCACUAACCCCGGACACCUUUUUCCUCUAUAUGUUGCCUCCGAUCAUCCUGGACGCUGGAUACUUCAUGCCCAACCGAUUGUUCUUCGACCAUCUUGGUACCAUCCUACUCUUCGCUGUUAUCGGGACUAUUUCCAACACGUUACUCAUAGGCGCCUCCCUGUGGGCUGUAGGCCUGACCGGGCUGUUCUCCUGCGACACGCCCCUCCUCGACAUGUUCCUGUUCGGCUCCCUGAUAUCAGCCGUAGACCCGGUCGCCGUCCUCGCCGUAUUCGAGGAGAUCCAGGUGAACGAGAUCCUGUACAUCGUCGUCUUCGGGGAAUCCCUGCUGAACGACGCGGUCACGGUCGUCCUGUAUCACCUGUUCGAGUCGUACACCGAGAUGGGCCUGCGCAACAUCGUGCCGUACGACCUCGUGUCCGGCUUCCUGAACUUCCUGGUGGUCGCCAUCGGCGGCACCGUCAUCGGGGUGAUCUGGGGCUUCGCCACCGCCCUCGUGACCCGUUUCACCAACGAAGUGCGCGUGAUCGAACCGAUCUUCAUCUUCGUCAUGGCCUACUUGGCUUAUUUGAACGCCGAGGUGUUUCACAUGUCCGGCAUUUUGGCGAUCACCUUCUGCGGCAUCACGAUGAAGAACUACGUGGAGUCGAACAUCUCGCACAAGUCGCACACGACGAUAAAAUACGCGAUGAAGAUGCUGAGCAGCUCCUCGGAAACGAUCAUCUUCAUGUUCCUGGGCGUGGCGACGGUCAACAAGAACCACGACUGGAACACCUGGUUCGUCCUGUUGACCAUCCUGUUCUGCUCCCUGUACAGGGUCAUCGGUGUGAUAGUCUUGACGGCCAUCGCGAACCGGUUCCGCCUCCAUCAGCUGAGCAAAGUGGAGAAGUUCGUGAUGUCUUACGGGGGUUUGAGGGGCGCGGUCGCUUUCGCCCUCGUGCUCCUCAUCGACCCGAAAAUUGUCCCGCUACAGCCGAUGUUCAUGACCACCACCAUCGCCGUCGUCUACUUCACCGUGUUCUUUCAAGGAAUCACCAUUAAGCCCCUGGUGAAGAUCCUGAACGUCAAAACAGCGGAGAAGCGCAAGCCCACCAUGAACGAGAGGAUACACGAGAGAUUGAUGGACCACGCUAUGGCCGCCAUAGAGGACAUCGUGGGCCAACACGGCAACUACCACAUCCGCGACAGGUUUAAACGGUUCGACAACAAAUUCAUCAGGCCGUACCUGCUGCGCAACCACCAGGGCGCAGAGCCGAAGAUCCUCGAAACGUACUCGAAGUUGGCGAUGCGCGACGCGAUGGAGUACAUGCGCCGUAACGCGUCGACGAUAGGCAACAUCUCGAACACGGAGAGCAUGUCCGCCAUCUUUCGGAACUACACGCCGACGGGUAACCUUAACGGAAGGUGCGCCCAAAAAUUGUUAAACUGCUCGAGCCUGAGCCAAAUCGACUCGAGCACUUGGAACAUCGACAUGCAGGAGCUGGAUUAUAACCCCUCGAAGAAAGACUUGACGGAUGCCAAGAUCCAUCAUUUGUUGGCGGAGGAGCUGGUCAAGCCUUACAGAAGAGUCAGUCACAGGAGGUUAAGCUACAGCAGACACGCGGUGAACGACCGUGACCUCUCGACCCAAGUCAAUUAUCGGAUGCACGUGAACAUGCGCAGACUGGUGGCGGACAAGAAGCACCACCACAGCCACAAGAGGCACAGCAAGAAGCUGAAUAAGAAUCAGAAAAAUUCCCUUCAGAUCCCCGGGAGGACCUCGCGCAGGCGCAGCUCCAGCGGGAUUUACAAGAGCGGCAAGGAGAACCACGUGAGUUUCCCGGAGUUCCAGCAGAACGGCACUGCCAAGCAAUUUUCACACGACUACAUAAGCGAGGUGCUGAACGAGGACGCAGACAUAACCGAGCCGAGAUCCAACAGGGAGGAGUGGGACAGCCCUAUCACCUUCACAGCGAAAUCAUCACCGAGCACAGGGGCGGAGGAGGAGGAGGAGGAGGUGCAGGAGAAUUCGCCCCUCCCGAAAACGAAACCCUCGGCCCUGGAGUGCACGCUGCCCUGGCGCAGGGAGCGAAACGUUACCGAUGACAGUAUCUUCUCUGAUACUGGAAAACGCUUGUCCAGAGGCUCCAUUGACGGAGGCGACUUGAUGAGGGUGUCAACCCCCACCGCUACGGAAAUGAUGUUGCCAUGGAAAAGGGAGGAGGAGGAGGGGUGCGGGCCGCUUCCACAAGCGGAGUUUCCUAGUUGGGCCUCCAAUAAGGAGUACUUGGCCUACAAUUCACCCUCUGCCACGUUUUUAGGUGGCCUGGAAAACCCCAACAAAAACUCGAUCUUCGGCCUGUUUAGGCGUGAGUCACUGGGCUCCGACCCGACCAACAGUAACGAGUCGACGCCCCUCCGUGAGCGAAGGGGCUCGGUGAGUCGCACCUCCACGAUCCUCGUGGAGGAGGGCGAGUGCGACCCUUUGGGGGUGAUCCAGAGGGAGACGGUAGCCCCGCCGCCAGUGCUGCCCCCACCGCCUCAAACCCCCGGCCAGAGGAGGCACCAUCAGCCUCGCAGGGGGUCCAUGCUCGAGCUAAGCGGCUCACUUCAACGCGACUCCAUCCCAGAGGAGCGGAACCCGCCCCACCAGACCUCCUCACUUAAACGCCCCACGUGGCUCCUGCAACAGCAACAGCCCCCGGGGGGCAGGAGGGCGAGUUUCUCGCGCCAGAACACCUUAGGGGCCGCCCUGAUGGACACCGUCUCCUCACCCUCCUCCGGCACCUCCACCUCCUCAGACGAAGACGAGGAGCUGCUGAUGAAGGGGGCGCCCUUCUGAUCGAAGGGGCCCCCCUUGAGAGGGCGGGGGCCCAUCUCGAAGAGUCUCAGCCCGAUUUUCGGGGGGUUCCAGUCGAAGUAUCAGGCGCUGGGCAAGAAGUUCGGUCGCGAUCUGGUUUAGGGGGUCAACCGGCGCCGGUUUUACGUUCGUUUGAAUCGGUUUUAGGGCUCUAUAGGCAACCCUCUCUGGUAACCUAGUAGGGGCCCACUCGAUUACGCAUGCGUAACGAACGGCUAGCGUUGUCAUAUCAGGAAGCGUAGCAACGCGGGGCAAGACGUUUGGUCGUUUGUAGGUUCUUUAAUUUUACUUUUUAGUAAGGUCUCUGUAUUACCGACCGGAAAUUAUCAUCUGAUUGGACAACCACUAGAGAGAUAUCACACUUGUGCGUUGCGCAUGCGUUUGAAUUUACAGAUUCGGACUUGACAGCUGUUACGUCAAACGUCUGUCACCCUUGAUAAGUUUGUUAAAUUUUUUAAUGACAUUCUGAUGAAUAUCUAGUGUAUAUUAGUGCGCACGUACUGAGAUUGCGCACACAAAAAAUGUUGAAAGAAAUCUGGUAUUUAUUAAGCAACAGUGUCGGUAAUUGACAGCUUUGAUAAGUACGUCUUACGUCAGUUAUGUCAAACACAAGAAUUAAGUUAAAUAAAUUAUGUGUCGUUGGUGUAUGUCAAAAUUUGACAGAACUUUCAAGAGCAGUUGACGUUGCGCAUGCGUUCCAAUUUAUAGAUCCGGACAUGACAUCGGUGACGUCAAACGAUCUGUCAUUUUUGAGAAGCUCUUAAAUUUCUUGCCUGACAUGACAGGUGACAUUUGACAGACAGUUUAAUCAAUCUUCUCGUUCUGAGAUUGCGUACACAAGCAGUUUUGGAAGUAAUCUGGUUUUUGUUAAGCAAUAGUUAAACAGUUGUGUGCUCUUGGUAUAAUAUGUCAAAACUUGUCAGCUUUGACAGGCGUGUUAAAGGUCAAUUGACGUCCUGGAACUCAUUUAACGUAUCUGUCAAACACAAGAAUUAAGUCAAAGAGAUUGUGUAUCCUUGGUCUACGUCAAAAUUUGACAGAUUUGACAGAACUUUCAAGUGCCGUUGACUUCACACAUUCAUUUUAUAGAUCCGGACAUGACAGCGGUGACGUCAAACGAUCUGUCAUUUUUGAGAAGCUCUUAAAUUUCUUGCCUGACAUGACAGGUGACAUUUGACAGACAGUUCAAUCAAUCUUCUCGUUCUGAGACUACGUACACAAGCAGUUUGGAAAAUAUUUGGUUUUUGUUAAGCAAUAGUUAAACAGUUGUGUGCUCUUAGUAUAAUAUGUCAAAACUUGUCAGCUUUGACAGGCGUGUUAAGGGUCAAUUGACGUCCUGGAACCCAUUUAACGUAUCUUUUAAACACAAGAAUUAAAUCAAAGAGAUUGUGUUUCAUUGGUUUACGUCAAAAUUUGACAGAUUUUACAGAAAUCUCAAGAAAAAAUUAGGUUGCGCAUGCGUUUCCAUUUAUAGAUCCGGAUUUGAUAGCGGUUACGUCAAAUGAUCUGUCACUUUCGAAAAACUUGUUAAAUUUCUUGCGUGUUCGUUAAAUGUCAUACGAUCGGUGACACUUGACAGUUCAACAAUUUUUUUCGUUCUGAGUUUGCGCGCAUAAGCAAUUUUUAUUAGGCGACAAUUUCAAAAAUUGACAGCUUUGACAAGUACGAUAGACGUCAAUUGACGUCCUGCAGUCCUUGCCAUACGUCAAAAAUUGUCUGACUUGCCAGAUCUGUCAGGCGCAAUGCCAAUUUCUAAACAAAACCAUUGAAUACGUCAUAUCAUCGGUGAGAUUUGACAUGUCAAGCACGCACAUGGGCCAUUCGCAUAAAAUAUAUAUUUUCUUCAAAUAUAUUGUCGGCAAAUAUCACAGCAAGGUUCAAAAUGUCAUUUGAUCUGUCACGUUUCACUUAUACAUCUGUCAAACACAAACGCGGCUAGCGGCACCGGGUAUCCUUUACUCCGUAGCUUGCGCAUGCGUAACCCUUCUCACUAAAUUGCGUUAUUCUAAUUUUUUUAAAUAAUCACUUCUGACUGAUAUUGAUUAACAAAUAAAACAACGUUGCCAAGGCUGAAAAUGUCAUUUGACGUACACAUCGGUCAAACAAAAGCGCGUCUUGGUCCAGCGUAUGUGCUCCGCGGCUUGCCAAUGCGCAGUCGAAAUAUUCUAUGGUAAUCUAAAGUUUUUUUACAUGUACAGUGACAGUUGACAGCUGUCAAACGAACACGGGUCUAUCCAGGCAUACUUUACUUCGUAGGUGCAUAUGCGCAAACUCGCCUACUAAUUCUUAAUAAUAUUUCAAUAAAUAUUUACUUCUGAUUGAUGUUGAUUACCAAAUACUGUAACCUUUCCAAGGUUCAAAUUGUCACAUGAUCUGUGACAUUUGACGUACACAUCUGUCAAACAAAAACGCGUCUAGGUGUAUCAAAUGCGUUUGUACUCCGCGGCUUGAGCAUGCGCAAUCAAAAAAUGGAGUGAUAAGCUAAAGUUUUUUUACAUGUACGGUGACAGUUGACAGCUGUCACACCAAAACGCGUCCAUCCGGGUAUACUUUAUUCCGCAGCUCGCGUAUGCGUAAACUCGCCUACUAAAAUGCAUUAUUCUCGCGUUAACGCGUUAUUCCAAUAAAUUUUGUUUAAAUAAUCACUUCUGACUGAUAAUCAUUAACAAAUACUACAACGUUGCCAAGGUUCAGAAUGUCAUUUCAUCUAUGACAUUUGACGUACACAUCUGUCAAGCAAAGACGCGUCUCGGUGCGCUUCUACUCCCUGGCUUGCGCAUGCGUAAUCGGAAAAUCGUUCGUAAAAUGCGCCGUAAGGAUUAAUCGAGGAGCAAUUAGUUGUAGUUAAAAUGGUUAUUUCGAUACACUCCAUGCCUUAUUUGGAUAAAAUAGGAAUAAAUUGUUUUUUAUUUUGGGUUGUUAGCAUUAUUUCUGUACGUAAAAUUGUUAAAACUCGUUAGCACUCGUUUUCACUAGAACAAUGUAGUUAGUCAUAAUAUAGUAAGUGAGCCUCCUCACUGUGUAAAUAAUUCUCUUAUAAGAUCGUGCCUCAAUACUAGUGUUAAUAGUUGUUACUUUGCCAGUUAUCAAUUGUUUUUAGUGCAACUUAGUCCUAACUAUAAUCUUGGCGAAGGUUCUGGCGGUUGCGCAGUGGGACUCGUGAAAGAGGUACAUUUUUAAUUUGACUUUUUCGUUAAUUAACUGAGAUGAGCGUUUGGUUAAUUAAUUAAUUUAAUUGACUUUGUUGUACAUAAUUAAUUAAUGAUUGAAACUGUUUGUUUUUUGUAGAAAGAUAUUUUUACAUCGCGACAAUACGAGCGAGUUGUGUGAAGAGUGACGUUUGCCAUAUUGUUAAUUAAUAAAUUCUUAAUAAAUUAAUGGUAAAUUUAA